UUCCCCAUAUUACACGACUUGUCGAUUAGUAAGUUCCCCCACACUUCUUCUGUAUCUCUCUUUCCCUUCGCCAGACCGCACCGCUGGUGGUUUGGUUCGCUUAGCAUCAUUUUCCGACACCGCCCCACCAGCAAAACAGCUUCCUGUUUCAGCUUUUGGGCGUAAAAAGGGUUUAUAGGUAACAGACAAAAACACUGUGAGUGCAUUUCUGAGAUACGGGCAGUAAAAUUUGUUGAGAAGAUAUGGAGAAAGGAGUAGACGCCAUCAUUGAAUCCAGUGCUGUGAAAGAUUCCUUUCAGAAACCACCCGUUGAUAAAUUAAUAGAGGCUCCGAAAUCUUCUUUAGUACUAAUCCCUGAAACUCCGAUUAAGGACAGUGAGGCUGAGGAAAUGGGGAAAUCGAAGCUAGAUCUGAAAUUGAUUUCUUCACAGGUUGCAGUAUGCGAUGAUGGCAGCAACUCUCAUACUCCAAAAGAGGCUGUAUUUGACCCUUUCGUAAAGGGUUCAGAGCAUCUUGAAGAAGAUUCACAUGGACUGAUCUCCCGUAGGCUUGAUUUUGAGUUGUUGGGUGGAAGUGGUAAAUGUGAUGAUGAUGCUGAUCCAGAAAAAGAGUCUUGGACGUCUGUAUUGGACUGUGAUGGUGAUGGUGAUGAUGAGGAGGAUGAAGAUGAUGAGAAUUUGUUGUCUGAGAAUCUCUUAGAUGACAUAGUUGUUAGUGUGCAAGCUGAUGACAUAGUUGUUAGUGUGCAAGCUGAUGACAUAGUUAGUGCUGCUGCUGCUGCUGAAGAUGAUGAGAAUUUGUUGUCUGAGAAUCUCUUAGAUGACAUAGUUAGUGUUGCCGCUGCUGAAGAUGAUGAUUAUGAUGAGGAUUUUGAUUAUGAGCUUCUUUAUGCUGAUGGAUUUAGGAGUCCUACUAUUACUAUUUCUGUUGCUGAGACAUGCCCUGCAGCUCCAAGGAAGCCUGCAAAGACGAAGAAGACAAGGAGAAGGACAUACAAGAUUAAUGAAUUUAACUUAUGCUGCAGGAAGCUCCAGUUCUAAACCAUUCAUUGCUAAUUCUUUUUGUUUCUUAAGUAACUCUGAUUUUGAUAUCGCCAGCCAUGAUAAAUGAGAAAAAACACUUGCACCAGCUGCUACCUACUUCUUUGAUGUAAUAUUUAUUAUCUAUCUAAUCUUGCCUUCUUUUUCUUCUUCCUUCCACCAUUUUGAAUUUACUGAACUCAUGUUUGUUUAUGGACUGAUUGUUAGUUAGAACCCAAGAACAUUGGGUAUUCAUAAUAAUGUCAAAGUGAGUUGUGUGUUGAUUGAUU